UGUAAUGAGUGGCAUGGGGUGAUAUUUAACUCCCUCCGAAACAGGAGAAGGCCCAGAAGAACGUAUUUUCUCUUUACGUGCUCACAUCUGGCCUUCAGCUAUGGCCCCCAAAAGGCGAUCUGCCCAAUCCUCCAGCACCGUCACCUCCAUCUUCGACCAGAGCAAGAUCCAGGAGAUGAAGGAGGCCUUCAUGGUCAUCGACCAGGACCGAGAUGACGUCAUAAGCAAAGGGGACCUGAUCGACACCUAUGCUGCCAUGGGCUGCCUGAACGUGCCGAGGGAAGUGCUGGAUGCCAUGAUGAACGAGUCCAAGGGGCCUAUCAACUUCACCACCUUCCUCACCAUGUUCGGCAAGCGCCUGAAGGGCUUAGACCCCGAGGAUGUCACCACCGCCGCCUUCAAGACCCUGGACCCGGAGGGCAAGGGCACCAUCAAGAAGGAUUACUUGGAAAACCUUCUCCAAACACAGUGCAACCGCUUCUCAGAUGAUGAGAUGAAGAACAUGUGGGCUGUCUUCCCGCCAGACUUGGGAGGAAACAUCGACUACAGGAACAUCAGCUACAUCAUCACCCAUGGCAAGGAAAAGGGGGAGUGAGACAGAUUGAUAGCCAGCCUGCCAACUAUGGACUUGAGCAAGCCUCCCCAGCUGUCCUGGAUAAAAGUGUGUGAUGCUGUUAUACUAAUGCCUUCAAUGAAAAAUUAACUGAAAAUAAAUAA